AUGGCGUCCGUUCUGCUCUCCACGUAUCAGUCUGUAGCUUCUCGCCGGUCGGAGCGGAGAGCUCCGGCGAGAUUCCCUCGGAUCGCCGCCGCCGUUGACUUCUGCGCGUCCCCGUCCCAAUCCGAUUGUCGUUCCCUUUCCGGCGGGUGGCGGAGGAACGGACGAGCGAGGGAUCGCCGGUGUCCGGUUGUCCGUGUUGCGGCUCCUUCGUCCUCUCCGGCGGCGAGCCCGGCGUCCGAUGAGGAGCAGAGAGAAGGCGCCGCCGCCGCCGCCGCUGGAGAAGAAGAAGUCCCUGGUUCUUCUUCUUCGUCCGAUCUAGAGUCAUUCUCAUGGAGGGACAACUGGUACCCGGUGUCACUGGUGGAGGACCUUGAUCCGUCCGUCCCAACGCCUUUCCAGCUUCUCAACCGAGACAUCGUCAUCUGGAAGGAUCCCUCCACAUCCGAAUGGGUCGCUUUGGACGACCUCUGCCCCCACCGCCUCGCUCCACUCUCCGUUAGUACUCUCUUCUUUGUCUUCGAUAUCCUUUGAUACACCAUGUCUUCAUAGUCGUACAGAGUAUGCGAAUUUUCUCGCUCAACUUCUCUGGAAGAACAGAACCCGUACAUGUCUCAUGGCUUAGCUCGAACUUUGGGGAAGAGGAUUUUUCUUCUUUCGAAGUUUUUGCGUGAAAUUCUAUUUAAUUAAUGAUUUAUUACGUGGUGACAACAGGAAGGGAGGAUUGAUGAAGAUGGGUGGCUGCAGUGUUCGUACCAUGGGUGGUCUUUCGAUGGCGCAGGUUCAUGUAAGCGGAUCCCGCAGGCAGCAGCAGAGGGUCCUGAAGCCCGUGCCGUCAACUCACCGCGGGCAUGCGUUGCCAAGCUCCCAAGCAUGGUCUCCCAGGGGCUUCUCUUCGUGUGGCCUGAUGAAAAGGGAUGGGAGAAAGCCGCGACCACGAAACCCCCCAUGUAUGUAAUAAAAACAGUUGUGGUUUCGUCAAAUUCAAACUCCAUUAAGUCCCACGUCAUUAGUUCUUUCCAGAAACUCAUGAUCUUUGUUUUCAGCAAGUUUUCCUGUUCCGUUAAUUAGGAAGACUAAUUUUUUAUAUAUUUUAAACUUUAGGCUCCCUGAUGAAUUCAACGAUCCAAACUUUUCAACUGUGACCAUACAGAGGGAUCUCUUCUAUGGGUAUGACACACUCAUGGAGAACGUUUCCGAUCCAUCUCACAUUAACUUUGCACAUCAUAAGGUAUGUUUCUCUCGCAGAAUUGAGAAUAAAAAAAUGCACGAUUGUCAUUAACAGCAUCAAACUACUAAUAUUGCAUUAGCCUGCAUAUUUUUUCAAUUCCUAUAGUUGUUUCGGCAAGUAAAGGAUUAAUGAAUGCUUCGUUUUUUCAAUCAAUAACUAUACGCCAGGGUAUAGUAUUCUAAUCUUUGUUCUUCCUUUGACGAGCAUAAGUAUUCUAAUCUUGACAUAUGGAUCGCUGAAUUCUUCCUCACAAUCUUCUAGAAUCUUUCCAUACCAGGAUGUUCAUCAGAAAUAUUCCUCCGUUACCAUGGUAACUGAUACCUGGUUUUUCUCCCUGAAUACCCCUGAUCUCUGAGCUAUCAUUUGUUCUCAUCAAAAUAUUUCCUGGGGGUUAUCUUAAUACUUUUUGUCAUCCAUCAUAGCAUCCACCCAUAAAAAUCCUUGUAAAAAUAGUUAAUCAUGAUAAAUUUUGCACAUGAUCAUGAAGUUGUCUGACAUUGGGUGAUGAAUCAAAUUUCUCUUUUGAGUUAUAUAAAAUUGUUGAACAGUUCUGUAGUCGUACUGGACAUCUAUUUUAUUGGAACUUGUUAAUGAAUGCAAGAUGAACUGAACCUUUUGCUAAUUUCCUCCAAAGAGGACACGUUUUCAGAUCGUAGUCUAAGCCAAUGUUGCAUUUUUCCAAUUUUCUGAUAGAGCUUCAUGUUUAUUUAUUUCAUUUUUUCGUAACUUUUUUGUACAGGUUUAUCUGACAGACGAUGGACUGUGUAUAUUUUUUUUCUUUUCUUUUUCUUACUAGCAUUAUCUUGCAGGUCACUGGCAGAAGAGAUAGAGCCAAGCCUCUUCCCUUCAAAUUGGAGUCUAGUGGUGCGUGGGGUUUUUCUGGAUCAGAUAGUGGGAACCCUCGUAUCAGCUCAUCAUUUAUUGCUCCCUGUUAUAACAUGAACAAGUGAGUUAAUCCUGGACCUGUAGAGGCAUAUUUUGAUGUGUUUCUAAAUUUGUUACUUAGUCUCCGUCUGUUUGAGAUGUUUUGGAUCCUCGGAAUUUUGGCAGAAUAAGAUGUCUUUCUAAAAGUAGGACAUAAACCCUAAUCUUUUUCUGUUCAUCCAAAUUCAAAUUGCAGACUAUAUUCAUGAAAUCAUCUUUUUAUCAUAUCCAGCUCUGUCGCUUAAAGUUUGACAUCCAUUAGGGGCUUGAUAAUUCAACAUAUGAUUGAUACCCAGUAGAAACUUCCUGGUCGGAUGGUAUAGUCAACGUGACUUCUUAUGUUUUGACUAAUGGCAUUCACUGAUUCUCAAAUUAGAUUCUUAACCAGUAUACAUGUCUCGACGAGUGUGCAUAGCUGCAUGUAUGGUCAACUACCUGUAUGUGGCAUAUCCUUGAGUUUUCUAUAGCUUUAUUUGCUGAUGUCUCCACAGUUGUCAACAUAAAAAAAGUUCUGUGAAGCUAAUGAAUUUGCAGGAGAGUUGACUGUAUUAACAGUAACCGUCCCUCGGUCUGAAACAAAGUCAAUGGACAUCAACCAAUCACCAGUUCCAGCAAAAGAAACAUUAGAAUGCGUUGUUUUUUCAUUAGAAUGAAUCAAACUACUGCCGUCUGUGUAAUAUGCAUGACAAAAGAAGGCCUAAAUCGCUUACAGCCAUAAGAAUAAUCAUAUAGCUACUUAUUUCUUGUAAUAUUUGCGUUAUUCUCAGGAUAGAAAUCGACACAAAGCUACCAGUUUUGGGGGACCAGAAAUGGGUCAUCUGGAUCUGCUCCUUCAACAUACCAAUGGCUCCUGGGAAGACUCGAUCAAUCGUCUGCAGUGCCCGGAACUUCUUCCAGUUCACAAUGCCGGGGUCUGCUUGGUGGCAGGUAUGAAGAGAUCAAGACCUUCUUCUGCAGGCAAUCUCGACGACCCAGAUUGAUCUAUGAGGGCUUUUCCUCCGUGAUGCAGGUUGUUCCUCGGUGGUAUGAGCACUGGACUUCCAACUUAGUCUACGACGGCGACAUGAUUGUUCUUCAGGGCCAAGAGAAGAUCUUCCUCUCCAAGUCAAUGGAGGAUGGGAGCGAUGUCAAUCAGCAGUACACAAAACUUACUUUCACCCCAACUCAAGCAGAUCGCCUUGUCCUGGCGUUCAGAAACUGGCUGAGGAGACAUGGAAACAGCCAGCCCGACUGGUUCGGCACCACCACUGGGCAGCCUCUGCCAUCCACAGUCUUGACCAAGCGCCAGGUACAUGAGCUCUCUCUCUCUCUCUCUCUCUCUCUCUCUGUAGCCUCUCAAUCCUGACAGUCUUGCCUACUCUCACAGAUGCUGGACAGGUUCGAGCAGCACACGCUCAAGUGCUCGUCGUGCAGGGCCGCGUACGCCGCGUUCCAGACCUGGCAGAAGGUGCUCGCCGGAGCGGCUGUGGUCUUCGCCGCCACCGCCGGUGUGCCGGCGGAGCUCCAGUUCAGGGUCCUUCUCGCCGGGGCGGCGGUGCUGAGCGCCCUCCUCUCCUACCUCCUGCACGAUCUCCAGAAGCACUUCGUCUUUGUUGACUACGUCCAUUCGGAGAUUGACUGA